CAGGGCUGGUGGAGUGAGGGCUAUUUUCAACAUGUUAUUUCUGGUGCGGGGAAGGAAGGUGUGGUGGAUGGCCAGGCCCGGGAAAACCUCAGUUGGGUGGAAGGUCUCGGUGCCUCUCUUUCCGACUCGCGUUCAAGUCCUGCCAGAGUAGUACAUAAGAAGCCACCAAAAUGUCUGACGACGAAUCAGCUUAUUCCGAUGCCGAAGUUAGUGGCGGAGAAGAGAGGACGGUAGUGAAGGAAAGAACCAAGGAGGAGGCGGACGAGGAGGAGAAGAGGAAGAAGGGAGAUGAGGGCGCUAACUUCCUCAAGAGCCGUCAGCAGAUGAAGAUGUCUGAGCUGGACGAGCAGCUGGCUGAGUACAUCGCCGAAUGGAGGAAGCAGCGAGCCAAGGAGGAGGAGGAGCUCAAGAAACUGAAGGACAAACAGCGCAAGAGGAAGGUUCUCCGCGCCGAGGAAGAGAAGAAGCUGACCGAACAGAAGAAGGCCGAGGAAGAGAGGAGGAUGAGGGAAGACUCCGAGAGGAAGCAGAGGGAACAGGAGGAGAAGAGGAAGAGGCUGGAGGAGGCUGAGAAGAAACGCCAGGCUCUCAUGAAGGGAAGCGUUGAGGAGGAAGGAGGUGGCAAGAAGUUCAGCCGCAGAGGAGGCGGCGACAAGCUAUCCAACAUUCAGGCUGCUAAGGGUGAGCUGGGCAAAACCCGUGAGCAGCUUGCUGAGGAGAAGAAGAUCGCUCUCUCCAUCCGUGUGAAGCCUCUGAACAUUGAUGGCAUCGGCUCCGGUCAGCUCCGUGGCAAGGCUGAGGAGAUGUGGGCCCUUAUCGUCAAACUUGAGACUGAGAAAUACGACAUGGAGGAGAGAAUGAAGCGCCAGGACUACGAUCUGAAGGAGUUGAGAGAGAGGCAGAAGCAGCAGCUCAGACAAAAGGCUCUUAAAAAGGGUCUCGAUCCUGAGGCGUUGACUGGCAAGCACCCGCCCAAGAUCCAGACUGCCUCCAAGUUUGAGCGCCGUACUGAUCGCCGAACCUAUGACGACAAGAAGAAGCUGUUCGAAGGUGGCAUUGUGUCAACCACUAAGGAAGAGAAGGAGAAGAGAUGGAAUGAACUCAAAUCUCAGUUUGAAGGACGCGCGAAGGCCAAGCUGCCCAAGUGGUUCGGUGAGCGCCCCGGCAAGAAGAAGGACGACCCGGAGUCCCCUGAUGAGCCUGAGGUCGAGGAGGAGCUGGAACCACCUCCACCAGAGCCCGAGUACGAAGAAGAAGAGGAAGAGGAGGAGGAGGAGGAGGAGGAGGAGGAGGAGGAGGAAGAAGAGGAGGAGGAAGAGGAAGAAGAGUAAAUGUUGUACUCCUCGCCUCUACUUGUCCUCGCCUCCACUCAACACCUCCACAUGUUCUCGCCCAGCGCCGCACCUCUUCACUUUCACUCUCUCUCUCUGUCUGUCCUUCUCCUUACGAAAUACGCUGAUUGUAAACACCAUCUUAUCUCAUAUUUCGGUACUCCAUUCAUUACUACUACUACAGUCACUACAACAACAUAUAAGUACGACCACGUUAUGUUACCUCCACCUGGCGAGUCAAAUAAGUGUCUGGCAGGACGGAAAAAUAAGUUAGACAUUUAUUGAGCUGAAAUACCUUGAGGGAAAAUGUGGUAAGGUAAUAGGGGUGUGUUUCUUCCUUUUUUCCCCUAUAUUUUCACCUCUUUGGUAGUCAGCUUGGGUUAGGGGAGUGGGAGGGGAUGGUGAGGGGGCAGUCAGUCAUCUGUAGUCAUCUAAGCCCCUCUUCUUGUCCCUCUCCCAGCCCUUAGCCCCACUCAUGACCAUCGUUACUCUCUACACUCGUGGUUGCUUCCUACCGCCGAAAUAAUGAGGGAAAAUAUUGAAGAUUCUUCUAUAUAUGAUGUCCUUUUGUGACAAUUAUUAUUAUCAUAUGUACGUCCACUACUACUACUACUAUUAUUAUUAUUAUUAUUAUUAUUAUUAUUAUUACUACUAUUAUUAUCUAUGGUCUUCUAUUUUCUUCUUUCUAAUCAAACGUGGAAAUCUUCAAAAUAUAAGAUGUUUAUCAAAGU